AUGGCCGCCGCGGGGCCGAGUGUGGAGACGAACGCGCGCGGGAUUCCCGCCGCGCCGUUUGUGGAGGAUGUCGUGAAGCAUCUUGGCAGCGAGGACGCCGAAGUGAUGCCGACGCUGCAGACCUUUCAGGAGGCGAUCUCCAAGUACAAGUUUAUGGAAAUGAGCACGGCGCAGCGCCGCAAAGGUCUCGAGCAAAAGAUUCCCGAUAUCACGAGCACACUGAAUAUGGUCGAGUACCUCAAGAAGCGCAAGGACGACCCCGAGCCGGUCGAGACGACGUUUGAGCUGAACGACACGCUCUACGCACGCGCCAAGCUCGAGCCGGUGGACCGCGUGCACCUCUGGCUGGGUGCAAACGUAAUGCUCUCGUACGGCAUCGACGAGGCAAUCGAGCUCUUGACCGAAAAGCUCUCCAACGCCAAGACGAACCUCGCGACGGCGAACGAGGACCUCGGCUUCCUCCGCGACCAGAUUACGACUAUGGAGGUGAAUACGGCGCGUGUUCACAACUGGGACGUGAAGCGGCGGCGCGAUCGUGCAGCGGCGUGGCGCGGCGAGCAAAGCGGCGCGCGGAACGAGGGGCGCUCCGCCAAGCCAGGGCCGUCGCGCCAACAGCGUGGCCCGCAGCGCCCGGGCCAGGCGCCCGGGCCGCAGCGCAACGGGCCGCAGCGCAAGGGAAAGAUCCCGGGGCCCAAGAACUGGGCACGCCCUGAUGCGCCGCGCCAGGCCGCGCCCAAGAAGGAGGCCAAGCCCGCAGAGAAGCCCAAAGAGGCGCCGAGGCGCGAGGCACCGAGGCGCGAGACGCCACGCACGCGCGAGGUCUCACUGCCGCGCAUGAUCAGCGUCGUGAACCUGGCGCGUGUGCUGGGCGUAAACAUGCGCAUGCUCCAGUUCCGUAUGGAGAAAAUCGGCCUGACAGACGUCCGGCCGGACCACCUGCUGAAGUACGACGACGCGGAGCUGCUUGCGGCCGAGUACAACGUCGUGACAGUCGCCGACGAGGAGAGCGCAUUCGACAUUUACCCCCGCGCACCGGUCGACGAUGCGACGAAGGCCACGCUUCCCCUUCGCCCGCCGGUCGUGACGAUUAUGGGCCACGUCGACCACGGCAAGACGACGCUGCUCGACAAGCUGCGUUCCGCCUCGGUCGCACAAGGCGAGGCGGGCGGAAUUACCCAGCACAUUGGUGCAUUCUCCGUCCCGCUCAAGCGCGAGGGCGAAAUCUCGACUAUUACCUUUUUGGAUACGCCCGGCCAUGCGGCGUUUUCGCUGAUGCGCAGCCGCGGAGCAUCCGUCACCGACAUUGUCGUGCUUGUCGUGGCCGCGGACGACGGCGUGAUGCCGCAGACAAAAGAGGUCAUCUCACUGGUGCAAGGCGACGGCGGCCUCAAGGUGCCGCUCGUUGUCGCCAUCUCCAAGAUUGAUAUGCCGAAUGCGGAUGCCCAGCGUGUCAAGUACGACCUGAUGGGCGCCGGUGUCGAGAUCGAGGAGCUUGGCGGCGACGUGCCGUGCGUCGAGAUUAGUGCCAAGAAAGGCCUCGGCCUCGACGCGCUCGAAGAGACCCUCGCUGUCCUCGCCGAGAUGGGCGAGCUGCGUGCGGAGCACGACGGGCCGGCCGAGGGCCGCAUCCUCGAGAGCAAGGUCGACAAAGGGCGCGGCAACGUCGCUACGGUCCUUGUCCAGCGCGGCACGCUGCGUGCCGGCGAUGCACUAAUCUGCGGCACGACGUGGGCGCGUGUGCGCCAGCUCAUGAAGCCGGACGGAUCGUCGACCAAGGCCGUGCUCCCUGGCACACCGGUCCAGGUCGCCGGAUGGCGCGAGCUCCCGGCGGCGGGCGACGAGUUUGUCGGCGCGCAAGACGAAGGCGCGUGCAAGCGCGCCGUCGAGAACCGCAAGCGUGUCCUGGAGCAAAAAGCGCUCCUGCACGACGCCGAGCAGAUCGACGAGCAGCGCCGCAAGCUCGCUGAAGCCGAGGCGCAGCGCGAAAGGGCCGCAUUCGAGGACCGCCAGCGCAUGCGCGAGCUGCAAAAGAAGGAGGCAGAGGGCCAACUCAAGCCGGAAGAGCUCGCUGCGGUGAUUCAGGCACAGCGCGAGGCCAACACCGUCCCGGACGAGGUCGAAGAAGUGCGCAAAGAGCUGCUCCUGAUCCUCAAGGGCGACUUUUCCGGCACGGUCGAGGCGCUGUCUGGCGCGGUGAGCGGCAUCGGCAAUGCCCAGGCCGGCGUGCGCAUCGUGUCGCAGAGCGUCGGCGACCCGACCGAGGGCGACGUGCAGACCGCCCAUGCUGUCGGCGGUCAGGUGGUCGGCUUCAAUGUCAAGGCGCCCAAGAGCGUGCAGACGACUGCAGCACGACUGCAGCCCCGCGUCAAGGUGCACUGCGACGAUGUCAUCUACCGCCUGAUGGAGCACGUCACGAGCGAGGUGGCGGCGCUCCUUCCGCCCCGCCAGGAGCUGCGUGUGCAGGGCGAGGCGCAGGUCGCCCAGCUCUUCCAGAUCAAAGGCUCUGGCGGCAAGGCGGCACGCAACAUUGCGGGGUGCCGUGUGACGAAUGGUCUCAUCAACCGAACCUAUGAAGUGCGAGUACUGCGUGGCGAGGACCGCGCCGAGAUCUUCCGCGGCAAGCUCGACGCGCUGCGCCAGGUGAAGAAAGAUGUACAGGAAAUGCGCAAGGGUACCGAAUGCGGUAUGUCGUUUGAAGGCUUUGACGACGUGCGUGUCGACGAUGUGAUCCAGUGCUUCACGACCGUAGACGUUCCGCAGACCCUGUAA